AUGGCGUCAUUCAUUACCUCGGAGGAUAUGUUCUUGAAGGCAUUUGAUUCCACUCCAAAACUAAAUGUUGCCACACAAAAGAAAUUAGAGAAUGAGCUUUCUAGAGUUACGGCGAUCAUUUCGAAUCCAAACGCUGAAUGGGAUCAUAGGGUUCAAGCAAUCAAACAUUUCAGAACGCUUGUCAACAGUGGCAUAGCGGACUCUGAUCAUUUUCAUACAACCACCCUAAAGACUUUGGAGAUUCCAUUCCAAAAUAACAUUUGUGAUCUACGCUCGCAAGUGGUACGAGAAACUUGCAUCACCAUUGCCUUUCUCUCGUGCCGGCUACAGCAAAAAUUUGCCCGUAUGGCGGAAAUAUUGUUACCCUCAUUAAUCAAACUCAUUCCAAAUAGUGCCAAGAUUGUCUCCACUUCUGCAUCAGUUGCUUUACGCUUUAUUAUUCAAUCAACACACAAUUCGCGACUCAUACCGAUUAUCAAGUAUCAGCUGUCCACUUCUAAGUCCAAAGAUAUUCAUAGAGCUUUAUGCGAGGUAGCCGAACGUAUUGUAACUAUUUGGUCGCCAGCAAUCAUGGAACGCCAUAUCAGUGAUUUACAAGAGGUUUUAAAAUUAGGCAUUUGUAAUUCUGAUGAAGUAGCUAGACAGUGCGCCAGAAGAGCUUUUAAUGUAUUUGCUGAGCAUUUUAGAGAGCCAGCUGAUAAAUUGUUCAAUUCGUUAGAUCAACAACGCCAACGAAUGCUCAAUAAUUUAAAUCAUGGAGGCGGCUCAACAUUAUCAAUGAAUGGCUAUGGAGCCACCACAACAAGUCAUUUGAAUACCAUUGGGGCCCCUUCCUCAAACAAUGUAUCAUCAAUUCCUACUCCUAGCAACCAUCAUUCCAACUAUGGUGCAAGUUCAAACGCCACCUCAGUGAAUUUGGUUUCACGGUUAAAAAAUACGUUGACGACUAACUCAACGGCAACAACCACGACUCCAACUAACGGCUCCAAUCACAUCAAUGCUGCUAUCUCAACUCCAUCAAGAAUUAGAACACCCACGGCUAGAUCAACUAGUGCUAUCGAUGUCUCAGCACAAAGACGAGCUAGAGCUAGAGCUGUAUACUUAAGUUCAAUGUAUACUCGACCUCGUCAAGCGGGCGGCUCAAGUGUAAACACGCCUGCAAAAUCAACCGUGCCAUCAAACAAUUCCUCAGGCCAGCAUCACCACACACCAUCCUCAAUCUAUAAUUCAGCUAAUACUGGCUUACAUGGAACGCCACAAGCAACAAAUAACAAUCCGACAACACCAGCUCACCAAUCAACGCAUUAUAACCAUCCAAGUAAUAAUCAGCAACAGAAUAACAAUAUCUCCUCUUCCUCAUCGUCCAUAUAUAGUAGUCCAAAUGUGGUCCAACAGCAACUGCAACAAUUACAACAGCAACAGGCUGCAUCAGCUGAGAAGCGCGAUGGUAUGGCUUUGAGUAAGGCAGCCUCGUAUUUAUUGUCAGUAAUUAGCAUUAGUUCGAUAGGAGAGAACCAGAUUGUGACAACGAUCAAGUAUUUUAAUUCUUUAAUUGAGAAGCAUCCACCGGAAAUAGUGAGCAAACUUUUACCUGAACUCAUGCCUCCACUCGUUAUCGGAAUUGACAACAAUGCUAUCUGUGUGCGAAAAGCCUCUGUGUUUUGCCAUGGUGGCUGUCUACGCUAA